UGGUGUGCUUGGUGUUAAGGCCUUCAUCAUGGAGAGGAGAUGCAGUUGGCUUAGCCUUCAUGUUUCACCGACUAUCUGAGCAAUGAAUGAAGGCAGCCUGCACUUGUAAUUGCAAUAUUUACUGCAAUUUCCUCCUGCAAACAUCUUGGGAUUUUUCAACAAUUAAUACGUUUUCCAGGGUGAUUUACACUCGUCUUCUACCAAUCCUUCAAUUCCAUUCAAUCGCUCUUGGCUCUACUUGAAUACCCCUCUCUGCCUCCCUCUCCUUGCAAGCAAGCCAUCCCCUCCUCUCCCCUCCCCUCCCCUCCUCUCCCUCCCUCCCGUUCGUUAUAUAUACACAUCCAGGCCUCCCCUGUUGAUGGCACUAGAUGUCCGGCAAGGAAACGAGCUCACCGGAUUCUCUUUCUCUUCUUCUGCUUCUUCUUCUUUCUCCCGGCGCCCUUCUCUGGUCACCUUGCAGCUAUUUGAUCUGAAUUCUGCUUCUUCUUCGCCAGUCGAAUUGGACCAGGGAUCUGCUCUACCCCUCGGCUGGCACGGGUUCCUUGAUCUCAAGGGGGAGUGCCUGUACUAUAAACAGAAUCAGGCUUGCACCAUGAACAGAAAGGACAAGCAGCAGGGGAUGAACGGGAAGCUGGACCUGAAGCUGAACCUCUCGCCGCCAAAGGACGGCAAUGGCGGCGGCGACAACAACUCGCAGUCGUCGCCGUCGUCCUACUUCUCGUCGUCUUCCUCGGGGACGUCACCGCCGUCGUCAUGCAUCUCCUCGGAGCUCAACCUCGAGAACCGUGCCGGCUCGGAGGCGGAGCAGGGCCAGACGCUGCGCUACUCCAACAGCCCCGAGGCGACUUCCAUGGUCCUGGUCGGCUGCCCGCGCUGCCUGAUGUAUGUCAUGCUGUCUGAGGACGACCCCAAAUGCCCAAAGUGCAAGAGCACCUGUCUGCUCGACUUCCACCAAGAUAGCAGCAAGAAGACCAGAAAUUUCUAAAGCAAGACACGGCUAGCUAGCCCUCCUAUAUUGAUGCUCUCUGCUCUCUCCUCUUUUCUUCUUCUUCUUCUUCCUUUUGGUGAUGUUUUAGUUCUAGAAAAUAUGUGAAAUGGGUUCAUGCUCAAAACCCAAUUUUCCUAUCAUAGCAUGUGAUAUGAGGGCCUAAAGCACGCAAGUUCCAUGCUUCUAGUUAGCUCCCCUUUUCAUCUUAUUUUGCAUACAUAUAUGAAAAGAAAGAGUCUUGCUUUCA